AUGGCGGCCAAGACAGUUCUUAUCACCGGCAGCAAUCGCGGCAUCGGCCUCGCGUUCGCCAAGCACUACAAGACGGAGGGCUGGAAGGUCAUCGGCUGCGCUCGUAACGUGGACGCCGCCACCGAACUCAAGCAAUUGGAGCCGUGGAAGCUGCUAACUCUGGACACUAGCAAUGAAGAGUCCAUCCAUGCAGCGGCCAAGACACUGGAAAACGUUCCUAUCAACCUCCUUAUCAACAAUGCCGGCAUCAUGGACGUGCACGACCUGCAGUCGACCACCAAGGCGGAUCUGCUGCGUCACUUUGAGGUGAACGCUGUGGGCCCGUUUCUUAUGACGCGUGCGAUGCUGCCCAAUCUCCGCCUUGCAGUGAAGGACCAAGGCUCGGCUUUUGUGGCUCAAAUCACGUCCAGAAUGGGCAGCAUCACGGACAACGGGUCGGGAGGUGUCUAUGGCUACCGCGCAUCCAAGACGGCGCUCAACAUGAUCACCAAGAGUCUGGCUCUGGACCUUCAGGAGGAAAACAUCGGCUGCUUGCUCCUACACCCGGGAUACGUCAACACGGCCAUGGUCGGAUUCCAGGGAACCGUCUUCACCGAUGACAGCGUCAAGGGGCUGGCCAGGAUCAUCGCAAACGCCAAACUUGAGGACUCGGCAAAAAUGUUCCACUUUGAAAAGGGAGAAGUGUUGCCAUGGUAA